AUGGCUCCAAGAAUCUUGAUAUUCGGCACGGGGAGCAUUGGUGCAACAUAUGCUUUCCUUCUCUCCCGGGCAGUCCCAGCAACAAACAUCGUCACAGUCUGCCGCUCAAAUUUCCAAUCGGCGUCACAGAAUGGCUUUACGAUCCACUCGACGUUAUGGGGAGAAAACCAGACUGUAAAGCCGGUUGUUGUCCGCUCCGUUGAUGAUGCUGCGGCUCUCAAUGCCGAUAAUCCUUUCGACUAUGUCAUCGUCUGCUCGAAAGCACUGCCGACCAUCCCGUCAACCGCCGAGCUCAUCAAGCCUGCUGUCUCGUCGAGAACGACAAUUGUGUUGAUACAAAACGGAAUCGCGAUCGAGGAACCGUACGCCAAACUCUUCCCGGACAACCCACUGCUAAGCACAGUGGUAUACCUGCCGGUCACGCAGAUCAGCCCGGGAAUUGUGCAACACAAGGAAGUCGAGUUGCUGCACAUUGGCGCCUAUCCCGCGUCGUCAGGCACCGAAUCCGCCCAGAAACUUGCAGACCUCCUCAAGGCGGCUGGCGCAACUGCGGAGGUCCACGAAGACGUCCAGUUCGAGCGCUGGUCUAAGCUCUUGGUCAACGCCUCGUGGAACCCCAUGUGUGCCCUUUCGCGCUCCCGGGACGCCGAGAUCUUGCAGUCGUCCGUCGACGCAAAGGACGUCAUCCGGGAAGUGAUGCUCGAGAUCGCGUCUGUUGCGAAUGCAUGUGGCUAUUCCAAAAUCGAUGCUGCGUUGGUUGAUUUCCAACUGGCAAGGGCGACUGUUCGCGAUCUACCGGGCGUCGAGCCAAGCAUGAUGGCAGAUGCACUGGCUGGGAGGAACAUGGAGGUUGAGGCUAUCGUAGGCAGUGUCGUCAGACUUGCCAAAGAGCAUGAAAUCAAGACGCCAAUGCUGAGGACGGUCUAUGUCCUGGCAACUGCUCUGAAUAGCAGCUUUGCGCGUAGAUGA